AUGGGUGGCACCGAAAUAGAGAAGUCACAGCUCGGUAUCACCGUUGGUAUCAAGAAUUCUUCAGAGCGAGGAUCAUCCGCGUCGCCGAAUGACGACAGCGAAGAUGAUGGGAUCCUGUUGAGAGCCGACGUACGACCCGCAGCAGAGAGGUCUCUGGUCCGAAAGAUGGACAUGCGCCUUCUGCCGACUAUCAUUCUCAUCUUUAUCAUGAACUAUAUCGAUAGAACAAAUGUAGCGAGUGCUCGCCUAAAAGGCCUUCAAGAAGAUCUCCACUUGACGGACAUACAAUAUAACAUUGUCCUGGCCAUUUUAUAUGCGCUUUAUUGCCCCAUGCAGAUACCGAGUAAUAUGUUCAUCAAUCGUAUCAGCCGGCCCUCUAUUUAUAUUGGCACCUCCGUGAUAGUGUGGGGCAUGAUAAGCACUCUGACUGGCGUUACGCACAACUUCGCCGGUAUCCUCCUAUGUCGUCUGUUUCUUGGCGUCCCAGAGUCGGUGUUUUAUCCCGGCGCAUUCUACAUGUUGUCGAGAUGGUACACUCGCAAGGAGCUAGCUUUCCGAUCGGCGCUGCUCUAUGGAGGGUUGUUAUUUUCUAAUGCUUUCGGCUCGUUGAUGGCUGCUGGUAUUCUCUCCGGUCUGAAUGGCGCAAGAGGUAUCGCGGGUUGGAGAUGGUUGUAUUACAUCGAGGGGUCCAUCACGAUAACCAUUGGCUUCCUUGCAAUGCGACCUCAUAAUACGAGAUGGCUAAGUGCACCCGAACGUCGACUGGCCCAGGUGCGCAUGUCUGAGGAUGCGGGAGGAGAAGUCGACCGCGAUGUCACCACAGAGUCGGUAUUGAACGGGUUCGUUCAGGCGAUUAUGGACCCAAAGGUCUUGUUAUUGGCUCUUGCUACUUGCUCUCAGCUACUAGGCUCGAGUUUCGUCAACUUCUUUCCAACGUCAAUUGACGGCGACACUUGGGUUCGAUACCACCAUCAGCCUGCUGCUGGUCGCGUGAGCUUCUCGGCGUCCGAAUUAUGGCAUUUGGUGCUGUUUGUUGACGAGACGGCCCUGCGUAGGCCACCAUGGAUCCUGGGCACCAUUGUCACAUUCCUCAACUCCUGGCACGCAGACAAAACAGGAGAACGAUACUUCCAUAUCGUGAUCCCUUGGUUUGGCAUGAUCAUUGGAUAUAUCAUCGGAGUGUCAACGAUGGUCACAGGAGCGCGUUACGUCGCUAUGUUUCUAUUGGCCACGGGAUAUGCUGGCCUCUCGCUAUCGCUCGUCUGGGUGGCUAAUGCAGUGCCGAGACCACCCGCCAAGAGAGCAGCAGCCAUCGGUCCCGUUAGUGGGUUUGGUAAUAUCGGUACCCUGAUAGGAUCCUUCGUAUGGCCGAUAAAGUGGGGACCCGAGUAUCAUAACUCGAUGUACAUCGGGAUUUCCGCGAUUGUUUUGAGUUGUCUCUUAUGUCUCGCGGUCAGACAGAUGACAAUUCAGGAUAAUAAUCGACUCGAAAGCUCGUCCAUGGAAAUGCUCAAAGAGGAGAACCGGGAGAAGCUCGAAGAUGCUGCAAGGCUUGAGGGGAUAUCUGUCGAGGAGGUUGUGGAGAGGAGGAGAGGCCUCACUCUCUCCCUUUACCUCUCCUCAGACCCUCAGACUUGCCCCAUAACACCGCAAAAUAUGGCUUCUUUACUCGAACGUAUGAACCUCGACUCUCCAGCCUCUUCCUCCGGCGGCCCAGUCCGUUCUCGCGUCAAACGAAACCCGUCGGUUCCCUACAACCGUCCACCCAAAGGCGACGUCAACUCGACAUGGCAGCACGACUUGUACCCCGGCACAUCCUCGAACCAGAACAACAACAACACCAAUUCGAAGUCGCUCGUCGCUAGGCUUGGUCAACCGACGACUGUGAGCCCGCCGAAGUUGAAUUUUGGAUUAGCGGAUAGGGCACUCAGGGAUGCUACGGGGGCGAAGCCGGCGGGGGGACCGUUGCAGAUCAAAGGAGCGAGUAACAGGGGGAACGUCGUCGAUGUUUCUGGGUUGGUAGCGGGGACGUCUGCAGCUGACGUUGAGGCUAUCUUCAAGCGCUGUGGUGCGAUCACCAACUCCGCCGUCAGGAACACGCAAGGAGGGGUCACCGUCCGACUGACGUACAAGAACGAGAAGGACGCAAAGGAGGCUGUAACGACUUUUGAUGGCCAGGUCGCGGACGGUCGAACGUUGGUGGUGAAGGUCGUUGGUGGUGUGAAUGCGAGUCUGAGCGGGAGGCUGGGUGUUGGCUUGGAGGAUGUUGAUGUGUUGAUGCAGGGCGAGAGUUCUGGCGGAUCGAAAAUGCGUUCGGACGACAUCUUAACGGAUGCAGACGCUCGUGCUCGUGCACACGUCCUUGUCGCCCCACCAGGCGCAGAUCCGAAAGAGUACAUUCAGCAGCCCAUACGGGGUCGUGGCCGCGGUGGUCGGGGCAGGCGAGGGGGCGGCGGAAGGCGUGGUGGUCGGGGCGGUGAGGGGAGAAUGGAUGUGGAUUAA